GAGAAAUUCAGUUUGCUAGAAAUAGCUAACAUAUUUACUUUAUAUCACUACAGGCUUUGAACAUGUAAUGACAAAUUAAAAUUAUCAUUCAAAUUUCAGCUAAAUUCAUAAUUGAAUCAAUGAUAGAAUUUCCUGAUAAAUUUGAAAUGGGUAAAUUAGCUGAUUGUAUCUUGGAGAUUUCUUAAAAUGGUGACAUUAAUUUACAUCUUUGGUGCUUUUUCUCAUGUUUUUAUUAGAUUGUUGUGUUUUUGGCCGCUGGCCUCUCGGUUCUUCUUCAUGGUAGUUUCUGCCGUCUGGCUUCUUCUUUCUCUUCUCCUCUGAAAGGUUUGCAGUAGUUUUCUGUCUGCCGGUGUUUGGCUGAAAGGUCUGUUUCCGUUUGCCGUCGUUAAGGAGGGUUCUGGUUCUGCAACUGGCCCGGUUCUGACCGGCUGCAGGUGAAAACGUGGCUCCACAGUGAGAGAGCAGCUGUGUGUUUCCUCCUGCGAUGAAGUGACACAAUAACAGCCAGUGAGGUAAUCAGUCCGGAGCGGUUUGUUUCAUUCAGGUUCCUCACUUCCUGGUUGUGAGCUGAGAGAGGAGCUAAAUUAUUAACUGACGGUUAAAGUCAGAGGCAGAACUGAGACGCAGUCAGAGUGAGAGUGAGCUGCCGACCGGAGCCGGCCAUGGAUCUCCUGCUGUCUGCCCUGAGGGCCGUGGACCCGGCCGCCGUGGAGCGGGAGUACCAGGUGGUGCGUUCCCAGUCGCUCCAGUUAAAGAAAGAUCACAGUUUGACCACAGAGGUUGGAUCCCUAAAGGAGAACGCCAAGAAGAACCGAUAUAAGGACAUCCUACCAUAUGAUCAGACCCGGGUGGUUCUGUCUCUGCAGACUUCAGGUUCUGACUCCGACUACAUCAACGCCAGCUUCGUCCAGGGGGCGACAGGUGACUGCAGAUACAUCGCCUCCCAGGCUCCCCUCAGUUCCACUCUGACUGACUUCUGGAGGAUGAUCUGGCAGCACAAAAUCAAGGUCAUAGUCAUGGCCUGCAGGGAGAUCGAGAUGGGAAAGAGGAAAUGUGAGUGCUACUGGGCAGCUCCUCAUCAGUCUGCGGCGUUUGGACCUUUCACCGUCACCACGCAGGUGGAGUCACGGCCCAACCAGGACGUGGUGGUGCGAACCCUGGUGGUCUGCUACCAGCAGGACGUCCACUCGCUGGUCCAGUUCCAGUACCUGUCCUGGCCGGACCACGACGUCCCCUAUGAGACAACCGGGAUUCUGGACCUGCUGGACCGAGCCAGGAGCAGCCAGGGAGCCGAACGCUCUCCUGUCCUGGUCCACUGCAGUGCAGGCUGUGGGAGGACAGGAGUCAUCUGCGCUCUGGACUACAUCCAUGACCUUCUGGUUACCAAGAAGAUCACCAAGGACUUCAGCGUCCUGGACCUCGUCCUGGAGCUGCGGAGACAGAGACCCUCGGCAGUCCAGACCAAGGACCAGUACGGGUUCAUCUUCAGCGCAGCCGCCGGCAUGUUGGAGCGUUUCCUGCAGACGCCUGAGGACCCGCUCUACAGCAACCUGCCGGAGGUGAAAAAACGAGAGAAGAAAACCUCAGCAGCUGCAUCUUCAUCCGUCAACAGUUCAUCCGCCAUGAAUGACACCUACGCUGUGGUCAACAAGGCCAAGCAGCCGCACCGGACCACAUCAGAACCGUCCUACUCCUCCGUGGUCACGCCCAGGUCCAACCCAGGAACCAGAACCCUGCCGCCAUCCCAUCACUAUGACAACGACUUCAGCGCAGCGUCUGCAGCUCCCAUCUACAGCACUGUGAAGCCCAAGGUCAAGCUGCUGACCUCGCUCCCCUCAGCCUCGCCCAUUUAUGACAUGGCCGCCCCGACCAAUCAGAGGGAGGACCUUCACCUGGUGCCAGCAGAACCAGAUAACGACUAUGAAGACGUUUCCUCUCCUGCCUCAGAUGUCAGCAGCUUCUUCACACCUGGAGGCAUCGGUUUUAACUGUCGCAUCCAGAAGCCGAAAGGACCCAGAGAUCCUCCAGCGGCCUGGGGGCGGAUGGAGAGGUGAACUGGUUGAACUGGACCGGUUACCCAUCUGGAAUCACUCCAAACAGCCGGAGUGGUCAGCAUUUAGCCGACCGACUUCACUGUGAUUUGUUCAGUUACUGUAAUCUUCUCAACACUCUGAUAAGUUCUUGUUUUAAAAUUAGCCAAAGAGCUUCAAUUUGUUCAUGAUUUAACUGAAAUAUAUCAAAUUUAACUAAGCUAAAUUUUUAUCUAAUUUGCCUGGAGAUUAUCUGCAGAAUUUGUACACAGAGUUUUUGGCUCAUAAUUCAAAAUAUUUUCCGAUGUGGCUUCAGCUUCAAUAAAAACGGUAACAGCA